AGCAACUGCAUCGCUGGGAGAGAGACUCGUCAGAGCGUACAGCUAAUAUAGUGCGUUCCAAUAAUCUGCGUUAUUGGUGGGAUUUUAAACGACUUUGGCAUCUUAUUUGAUCUGCUUUUAAAGGAGAUCAGGUGAACGGUUACAUUUAAAGGGCAUUUUCAGACCUGGAGCACAGAAGACGCUCCUUCAGCAUGGCUUCAUCACAGUUACCAGCAGUUAAAAAAGAUGAAAAAGGCAGAAAUAUACAAGUGGUUGUACGAUGCAGACCCUUCAACACAGUGGAGCGGAAGUCUGCUUCUCAUACAGUUGUUGAAUGUGACCAGAACCGAAAAGAGGUGUUAGUCCGUACUGGAGGCGCCACAGACAAAGCAGCAAGAAAAGCAUACACUUUUGACAUGGUUUUUGGUCCUUCUGCCAAACAAAUUGACGUUUAUAGGAGUGUGGUUUGCCCCAUAUUAGAUGAAGUUAUCAUGGGCUAUAACUGUACUGUCUUUGCAUAUGGACAAACUGGAACAGGGAAAACCUUCACAAUGGAGGGCGAAAGAUCACCCAAUGAGGAGUUUACUUGGGAAGAGGACCCUCUGGCUGGAAUCAUUCCCAGAACUCUUCAUCAGAUCUUCGAGAAACUGUCCAGUAAUGGCACAGAGUUCUCAGUGAAGGUUUCUCUGCUGGAAAUCUAUAAUGAGGAACUGUUUGACCUUCUCAGCCCUGCUCCGGAUGUCACGGAGAGGCUACAACUGUUUGAUGAUCCCAGAAAUAAAAGGGGUGUAACCAUUAAAGGUCUGGAGGAGAUCACUGUACACAAUAAGAACGAGGUUUAUCAGAUCCUGGAGAGAGGAGCUGCAAAGAGAAAGACCGCCUCCACGCUCAUGAAUGCUUACUCCAGUCGAUCUCAUUCAGUGUUCUCUGUGACUAUUCACAUGAAAGAGAUCACGCUGGAUGGAGAAGAGCUGGUUAAGAUCGGAAAACUGAACUUGGUGGAUCUUGCGGGUAGUGAGAACAUUGGGCGAUCUGGUGCUGUGGACAAGCGUGCACGUGAAGCUGGCAACAUAAACCAGUCUCUGCUGACUCUGGGUCGUGUAAUCAAGGCUCUUGUGGAGAGAGGGCCUCAUGUACCCUACAGAGAGUCCAAACUCACUCGUAUUCUGCAAGACUCACUGGGAGGACGUACCAAAACCUCCAUUAUCGCCACUGUGUCUCCUGCCUCCAUCAAUCUGGAGGAAACUCUGAGCACUCUGGACUACGCUAACAGGGCCAAGAGUAUCAUGAAUAAGCCAGAGGUCAACCAAAAACUCACCAAGAGAACUCUGAUCAAGGAAUACACAGAGGAGAUUGAGCGACUGAAAAGAGAUUUGGCUGCCACCCGUGACAAACACGGAGUGUACAUCUCUGUUGAUAACUAUGAGAAUAUGAACAGUAAACUGAUGUCUCAGGAAGAGCAGAUUACGGAGUACACAGAGCGGAUCGCUGCUGUGGAAGAGGAGCUCAAAAAGAUUAUGGACUUGUUUACAGACAGUAAGCAGAAAUUGGACCAGUGCACUGAGGACCUGCAGGACAAGAACCAGAGAUUGGAGGAGACUCACAAGGACCUAACAAAGACCAGGCACCGCCUCACUCAAGAGGAGUACAUCUCUUCACAGCUCCAAAGCAAUGGGUGUCAACUUUACAACACUGCUGACCAGCUGUUGAACACUGCUGAAGUCACCACUCAGGAUGUUAGUGGUCUCCAUGCCAAGCUGCAGAGGAAGACGGAUGUGGAGCUUCAUAACGGGGAGGUCCAGCAGAGCUUUGCCCAGCGCAUGGAGAACUGCUACAACAGCAUGCAGACCUCGCUGCAGGAGCAGAGCCACAAACAUGCUGCUAUGAUUGACUAUUACCGCUCUUCUGUGGGUGAGCUGCUGAAUACAAAUGGAACGGUGUUUAAGGAGACGUUAGGUGCUGUCUGUGAGUCUUACAGCAGUAUUAAAGGGGCUGUGGGAGAAGGUGUGGAGCGCUGCAAGGAACGAGUGUUACACCAGGAGAAACUCUCUCAGGAGGCUCAGAAUAGCAUGCUGGAAAUACUGGAUGAACACAGACAUCAUUUAGAGGAGAUUUUGGUUGCCCAGGCGGUGCCAGGUAUCAGAUCUGUCAUGGCCAUGAAUGACAAUCUGAAGCAAACCCUUCACAGAUACAACUCUCUGGCUGAGCAGAUGCAGGGUCUGAAAGCAGAGAUGAUGUCGUUUUUUGACUCCUACGUUGAAUCGUUGGCCAGUAUGCGAGAGUGCGCUGAGCAAGGCUUCAACACUCUGCGUGCAGAGCACGACAAGCUCAAGCAACAGAUCAGCCAAGCUGGAAACAACCAUCAGACGCGUGUGGUGGAGCUGGUUCAGUGUUUGCAGAACCAAAUGAAUCUCUUGGCGGUGGACACUCAGACUGACUUUGAGGGUCUUGCACAGGCAGCAUCUGCCCAGAUUGUUCCACUAGAAACGCUACAGAGAUCCAUACAGAGUAAAUGCACUGUCUCUGAGGAGCACACUGUGUCUGUCCGUGCCCGGCUGGGUUCCUCUGUGGAUGGAGUUAUAAGUGAGAUGAAUGGGGUGACUGAAGAGGGAGAGAGGACCCUGGAAGAAUGUGCUGGUUACUGCAGACACCUACAGACAUCAGUGGACUCAUUGGCUGAAUCGGGACUCAAGUGGUGUCACGAUGCCAGAGGUUCAACUGAAAAUAAAGCCCGGGAACAGUUCAAACUCAUCAGGGAGACAGACGCAGCUGUGCAAGACCUGCUAAAGUCUGUUGAAGAAAAGGGUGAGAAAGCUGUUCAAGACUGUGAAGCUCAUUUGAGUCACAUGCAGCAGGAAGUAGAAGGAAUCCUGGGUCGUGUGGAAUUGCAGACAGGCAAAGAUGAUGCUACCUUGCAGGAGCACAAAGAGAUCCUCUCCUCCAUCAACACUCAGGCACUGGACACAGUACACAACUUCAUCAGCUCAGAGCUGCGGCAAGAUUUCCCAACAGGAACGACUCCUCAACGUAAGGAGUAUGUGUAUCCACGUGUGCUGAACAAGCCAAGGAGUCGAGAGGAGCUAGAAGAUGAGUUCAGAGCUCAGCAGGAGCAUCCUCAUUGUGCACUGAGCCAGUGUGAGACUGUCAUCGAGACGGAAGAGGAGAAACUUCUCGACCAGGACUCUCUGGAGGAUGAAGUCAGUGUUUCUAGCGAUGGAAAUAUCACUGAACAGUCAUGCGCUGAUGAGAACCUGAUGUGUUACGAAAACGGAAGGGUUCCCUUUUUCAAGAAGAAAAGCAAGAAGGAAAACUGCAAUAAGUCACUGAACCGUUCAAAGGUGGAGAAUGAAAGCACGUCUACGCCACCACGUUCUAAACUACCACUCAGGUGUCAGAACUAACAAAUGAUAUUCAGGUUUUUAUUCUUUCUAUGUAUGUCUUAAAGAGCAUUGUUUUAACUAUCCGUGUAUGUCUUUUUAAAUCUGACUUGUCUAUGUAUUUAGCUUUCAUAUAUCUGUUUCCUCAGUCACAGUUCAAUAAUAAAUGUUUUAACCUCA